AUGGCUGCCACUCAGAUUGACGACAAGGUCAAGAGCCUGAUUGCAAAGAGCUUUCCCAACGCCAGCGAUCAAGAGAAUGAGCCGGCAAAGUUGUCUGCUGCCAUCUUCACAUCAGUCGAGUACACACCAGCAGAGAAGACUGAGAUUGAGCAAUGGUCCACAACCGCCUCGCAUCUUGCAUCGUCGAACGAAGACGCAGCAAAGACUGCCGAGCGCCUGUCGCACCUCAACACACAUCUCGCAAGCCGAACCACCAUUCUCGGGAGCAAGCCCUCCGUGGCAGAUGUAGCCAUUUUCUCCCGAUUAGCUCCAGUGGUCAAGGACUGGUCACCCGAGCAGCGAACCGGCGAGCAAGGCUACCACCACAUCGUUCGACACCUCGACUUUGUCCAGAAUGCCGAGCUUUUUGGUCUCAAGCUGGAUGCAGGCGAGAAAGUGGACAUUGACCCAAGCAAGGUAGUGGCACCGAUCAAGCCAAUUGACGCAAAGGCGGAGAAAGAGCGCAAAAAGAAGGAAAAGGCAGCUGCAGUGGCGGCAGGCGCAGAUAGUGCGGCAGCAGCAGGAGGAACAGUCACAAGCGCAGCGGGCGAGGAUACGAAGACGGCUGAGAACCAGAAGCCGAAGAAGGAGAAGGCAAAGGAUCGUGGGGAGAGCAUAGCAGCCGCCGUUGGAGCAUCAACACCGACCGAGAAGAAAGAGAAGCCGAAGAAAGAGAAACAACCCAAACAACCAAAAGCACCCGCAGCACCAGAAAAGCCUUUCUCGCCUGCUCUCAUCGACCUCCGAGUUGGCCACAUCCUAAAAGCAGAGCAACACCCCAACGCAGACUCCCUCUACGUCUCCACAAUCGCAUGCGGCGACGCACCAGGCACCGACAAUACCUCAGAAUACGAAGGCAAAGUCGUCCGAACAGUGUGCUCAGGCCUCAACGGCCUCGUGCCACUCGGAGAGAUGCAAGGCCGAAAAAUCGUCGCCGUCUGCAAUCUCAAACCCGUCACCAUGCGAGGAAUCAAAUCUGCAGCUAUGGUCCUCGCCGCAUCACCACGCGUUGCCCCAGGCGAAGACGAUCACCAUGCCGGACCAGUCGAACUUGUGACCCCACCUGCAGACGCUGAAGCCGGUGAGCGAGUAUAUUUCGAAGGCUUCGAGGGCGAGCCGGAGCCAGUCUUGAACCCGAAGAAGAAGGUGUGGGAGGAGAAUCAAGUUGGGUUCACGACGACUGAGGACAAAGUCGUGGCGUUUGAGCCGACCAAGGUGGAGAAGUUGAAGGAGAGUGGGAAGACUGAGGUUGCGAAGUUGAGGACGAAGCAGGGUGUUUGUACGGUCAAGACGCUUACGGGUGCUACUGUGCGGUAA